AUGAAAGUGGCUACUAUUGCUAAUUUUUUGGAAAUUUCCCCUUCUACCGUGAAAAGAUACAUCAAUAAGUUCUACCGUACUGGAGAUGUGAAUGGUGAACGUAAAAGAAAUGGUCCUACUCAACUACUGGGAGAUUUUGAACAAGCAGUAUUACUUCGAAUGAUAUCUAAUCAUCCUGGGAUAUACCUACACGAGAUACAAUCAAAGCUACUGAAUAAAUUUGGUGUUAUUGUUAGCUUGGCAACAAUCUGUCAAUCUCUCAGAUACCUAGGUUGUACCAAACAAUAUAUGCAUCACAUAGCAUUACAGCAAUCUGAAGUACUCCGUAGCAAAUUUAUGGCCGAAAUAUCUCUUUAUGAUCCAUCUAUGCUCAUUUGGAUUGAUGAAAGUGGUUGCGACAGAAGUAACACAAUCAGAAAGUAUGGAUACAGUCUCAAGGGUCAUCCAUUAAAUGAUUGCCAUCUUUUGGUCCGAGGUAUUCGAUAUUCAGUCAUACCUAUAAUUUCCAUGAAUGGUAUUUUGGACCUAUAUAUUACUUCUGGUACAAUUAAUGGAGAGAAAUUUAUAAAUUUCAUACGUUACUAUUUCAUGCCACUACUGAAACCCUUCAAUUACUCAAAUGAGCAUUCAGUAUAG